AUGCACAACACCCAUAUACCAUUUCUCUUCUGCAUAGCGCUUGUAUUCCCUGUGUCUAUGCGGUGUGAGUUGGGAGCAACCAUGGCUGAGUAUGCAGUUGGGCCGCUGAUCUCCAUGCUGAAGGACAAGGUGUCCAGCUACCUUCUGCAGCGCUACAAGGUGAUGGAUGGCAUGGAGGAGCAACGUGAGAUCCUGGAGCGGAAGCUGCCAGCCAUCUUGGACAUCAUGGAAGAUGCGGAGGAGAAAGGAGCUUAUCGACCUGGAGCAAGCGCUUGGCUCAAAGCACUCAAGAAGGUGGCCUGCGAGGCGAAUGAUGUCUUCGAUGAGUUGAAGUACGAGGCUCUCCGGCGCGACGCCAAGGAGAAAGGGCACUACAAGAAGCUUGGCUUUGAUAUGGUAAGCCUGUUCCCUGCGCACAACCCCAUUGUGUUUCGUUACAGGAUGGGAAAGAAGUUGUGCAGGAUUGUGCGCGCCAUUGAGGUCCUUGUCACAGAGAUGAAUGACUUUGGAUUCCAACACCUGCAGCAAGCCCCACCAUCCAAGCAGUGGCGUAUCACGGAUUCGAUACUAAUCGACUCCGACAGGGAUAUUGUUAGUAGGUCCAGAGAUGAAGAGAAGAAAAAGAUCGUGAGUAUAUUGAUUGAUCAAGCUAGCGUUGGGAGGGAUCUCAUUGUCCUUCCUAUUGUUGGAAUGGGUGGGCUGGGCAAGACCACCUUCGCUCAGCUUGUCUACAACGACACUGCAAUCAAGGAGUAUUUCCAGCUCCGGAGGUGGAGUUGUGUGUCAGAUGAUUUUGACGUUGUUAAGAUUGCAAACUGCAUCUGUCAGACCCGUGAGAAAGAUCGUGACAAGGCAUUGCAGGACCUUCAGAAUGAAGUAAGUGGGAAGAGAUACCUUAUUGUGUUGGAUGAUGUAUGGAAUGAAGAUGGUGACAAGUGGGAAAAACUCAGGACCUGCCUGAAGUAUGGUGGCAAGGGUAGUGCAGUACUGAUGACCACUCGUAAAGAAAAAGUAGCUCAAAUUAUGAAGAUGUGUAUUGAUGAUAGUCAUAAUCUCGGAAAGCUAUCUAAAGUAUUUCUGAAGGAAAUAUUUGAGAAUAGAGCAUUCUGUUCGCAAAAGCCAAAUGCUGCUGAGCUAAGUGACAUGGUGGAAAAAAUUCUGGACAGAUGUGGGGGCUCUCCUUUAGCUGCCAAAGCCUUCGGAUCUAUGCUGAGACGAAGACUAGCAUGA